UGUCUAGAAAAAAGCAAAGCUCGAUACGUGUGUUCCUCUUAGCACAGGAAUAGGAAGUAUUAAGAGGACAGGAAAAAAACAAAUCCACAUCUCGACGCAGCUCAACUGUUGCGAGCGUAGACCACAGGGCUCUUUUUUACUGGUGCAGGUGCACCUAGAGGAGCUGUACGCUGUUCUUCUGAGAGGAGCUUCUGAAGAGUUUGUGACUUUAAAGAUGAGCGCCUCGCUGGAGAGGACUACAGACUGUCCCUUGCCACUUCCUGGAGACACCUCAAGCCCAGACGAGGAGAAAGACAACCUGACCGCCUCGAGUGAGUUACACUGGGAAGAUGGAGGUCUGCCAGGGGAGCUUCAGAGGGGGAUGGAGACCUUGCGAGUGAACAGAGAGCUGACUGACGUGGUGCUCAGUGUUCAGGGACAUGACUUCCCUUGCCACAGAGCCAUACUCGCAGCUGCCAGUCAUUACUUCAGGGCGAUGUUUUGCAGCGGCCUGAGGGAGAGUCACGAGGAGCGCGUGGAAAUAAAAGGGCUGGACAGCGGGACGAUGAGAUCGCUCCUGGAGUACACCUACACCAGUCGGGCUCUCAUCACACACUCAAAUGUCCAGAGAAUACUAGAAGCUGCCAGUCAAUUUCAGUUCCUGCGUGUGGUGGAUGCAUGCGCUGGCUUCCUGAGCAAGUCCAUUCACCUGGAGAGCUGCAUCGGGAUCCUGAAUCUUGCUGAAAGCCACGUCCUGACUACGCUGAAGACCGGGGCUCAGGACUACAUCACCACUCAGUUCUCCCAGCUGGUCCAGCAGCAGGACUUCCUGGAGCUGCCGGCGGAGUCACUGGAGGCCGUCCUGCAGAGGGACGACCUCGAUGUCAAGUGUGAGGAGAGUGUGUUUGAGGCACUCAUGCGCUGGGUGAGGGCCCAGCAGGAGGAGCGCUUUCCUCUACUGGCCAGGUUGCUUUCACAUGUGCGACUGCCACUGUUGGAACCUGCGUACUUUGUGGAAAAAGUGGAGUCGGAUGAACUGAUUCGACAAUGCAGCGAGGCUUUUCCUUUGCUGCAAGAGGCCCGCACGUAUCACCUCUCCGGCAGUGAGGUUGUCUCCGAACGAACCAAACCCCGUGUGCAUCACUUUCUGUCGGAGGUGUUCCUGAUAAUCGGAGGCUGCACUAAAGAUGAGCGCUUCAUCUCCACUGUCACCUGCCUGGACCCCCUCAGACGCAGCCGGCUGGAGGUUGCCAGGUUACCGAUCACAGAGAUGGAGGAUGAAUCCCAGAACAGAAAAUGGGUGGAGUUUGCCUGCAUCACCUUCCGCAAUGAAGUGUACAUUUGUGGAGGUAAAGAGACACAGCAUGAUGUUUGGAAAUAUAAUGGUGCCCUGGACAAGUGGAUCCAGAUUGAGGCCCUGAUGACUGGCCGCUGGAGGCACAAGAUGGCAGUCCACGGGGGGAAAGUGUACGCGCUGGGUGGAUUUGAUGGAGCUCAGAGACUCGCUAGUGUAGAGGCCUACGACCCCUUUCACAAUCGCUGGUCUCAGGUGACACCUCUUGCAGUUGGCGUAAGCUCCUUUGCUGCUGCGAGUUUUGACAGAUGGAUCUACGUGAUCGGUGGAGGGCCAAAUGGAAAGCUGGCGACUGACCAGGUCCAGUGCUGGGAGCCUGGGACAGACUGCUGGGAGCUAAGAGCGCCCAUUCCCAUCGAAACCAAAUGCACUAAUGCAGUCACAUUCAAGAACGGCAUCUAUAUAGUUGGUGGAGCCAUGCAUGCCAUGUACUGCUACUCUCCUCUGUCAGACUCCUGGUCCCUGGUGACCCGGCUGGGGGAGAGGGCGAGCUGCGCCAUCGCUGCCUGUAACAACAAACUCUUCAUCACCGGUGGACGGGAUAACAAGAACCAAGUCAUCUCAACGGUGAUGUGCUGGGAUGUUGACCGAGCGGUGUUGACGGAGGAGUGUGUUUUACCCAUGGGAGUGUCGCACCAUGGCAGUGUGACACUGAUGAAGUCCUACACGCACAUACACAGAAUAACACCUGCUGCAGAGACACAAUGACACAGACUUCAUGUGAACAGGACAUUAUUGUUGCUGAGAGGAUGGUGGAAAAGGAAGAGUGCAAGAAAGCGAUGAAAAAGGAUUUUUUAUUUUUUUUUUUUAUUUAGGGUAUUGUUAUUGUAUGUUAAUUUCAUGUUUUUUUUGUCACUUUCAAAUACUAGGAGUCAGUUACUAUGUUUAUCUUUGGUAAUAUAAUGGUAUAUAACAGUAGCAGCUGUGAAACAUUAAAUAAGUCAAAUUAAAACAGUAAUACCAGAUGGAUGUUAGUAGAAUGAAUACAACAGGAUACAUUGUUUCAUGGCUUUUACAGUAAAAAAUGGUUCACAGAGAGACGACUUUAAUCAUGCUGAGGAAUUAAGCAAUCCUGACAGAGUAAAAUAAUCAAAUGCGUUUUGAUUACUAAAAAUAUGCACAUCAACAUGAUGUGUGACUUUCAAGGAGGAACCAAACCAAAGCCCAACAACACCUGGUGUUUACGCCAAAUGUGAUUCUGCAGGCCUGUGCGUCUAUCUUCCAGUGAACACUGCCACCAAGUGGUCAACAUAACUCUGAGGUUUGUUUUUUUCAAACAAUUCUGCAGACUCAAAAAUAUGAAGAUGUACAUAUGAAGUUUCAUCUAAAACAAAUCUUGGAUUGUCCUUUUGUCCACACUCCAAAUCUGGUUAAAGAAUUUACAAAUCUUUGAGUCAGUAUAUUUUCAAAAUAAAACAUAUUGAUAUGAAGGUCAGCAAUAAAUUACAAAAGUAAACAAUAAGCAAAAGUUCUAAGUACCUGUGCUGCAUACUGUUGUCUUCCUAUUUAUGCUACUUUAUAUCGGUGUUGUAAAAUAUACCCCAAAGUCAUAUUUGAGUAAAAGUAUAGAUAACUUAUAAAAAUAUAACCUGACUAUGUACUUGAGUAAAACACUUAAAUCAUCUAUAUUUAAUGUCCAUUUACCUACAGGUGUGUAUAUGUAUAUAAUGUAUCCACUAUGUGUUGUCUGAUAACCAGCCUUGGAUCCAACAGUCAGCAUUUUUAUUUUUAUUUUAUUUUUUUUUUUAAAUGUAAUUAAAGUGAUCAAGUAAAUGUA